CACCUUCUAGAAAAACCUCGCGAUUUCAUUGGCCCACCAAUCCUCCCUUCAGAACGAACUAUAAAUUCACCCCAGCACAUCGAGCUGAUACAGCCAGAUCAGUUUUCAAUCAAUCAAUCAAAACACCCGAACAUCAAACGCAAGUCACCUCUUGACUACCCACCUAAAUAAAACUCAACUUUCUUCACCAAAGUUACCAAAACAUACCUUUGCCAACAAUCAACCACACAAACAAACCUCAAACAAAUGGCAUCCUACACAGCCUAUACCUUCACCACUCCAUCCAAAAACACAAUCAAGUAUCUCUUCAACCCUUCCAAGCGGGAGGCUGAAGGUGAAGGUCCCGUCGUCCUCGACCAAUUGAUCGAGACGUACGAUUCGGAUUCAGACUCUGACAUCCCCACAUCACCGACACCAUCAGAAGAGCCAAAACCAGGAACCGUGCUCUUGAGGUACGUAGCACGAGAUGGUGGUGACGUGCGAUAUAUCUAUGAUCCCACGGCACGCAACGGCAAGCAAUAUGUCGUUGCUAUCCAUCGCGAGCCGGAGAACUGGCAGCGGUUGAAGGAGGAAGACUUGGGAGUUGCGGAUGAACACAGAUUGGGAAGGAUGUAUGAGAGAUAUGAUGGAGGCUUAGCAGGGGAGGAACAUGAGGUAGUGGAGGAACAAGAAGAGCAGAGGACGUGGGCGAGAGAAAGGGAGGAGGCGGCCAGAGGGAGCAAGAGACGGGAUUCGAUGGUGGAUGACGGAAUAAGAAUGGAUGUUGAUGUGGAGUAA